AAGUGGCAGAGCCAUUUUUUAUGAAAAGAUUUUUGCAAGGGUUAAAUAUAACCACUGCCAGUAGAAUUGUGUUCUUCGAUAAAUGGCAGCAAUGGAAAAUUGAGAUUGGUUCAAUUCCCUUCAACCGUUCUCUAGAUGACUUCUCGUGUUCAGUAAUACACAAUUCUUCAACACCGACGACUAGUUCUUCUUCGCCUCUUCUUUACAAUACAUCAGCCAGCAAAAAAUUAAUGGAUAUUUUGAACUGGGGAAACGAAGGGGAAACGAUUAAAAGCUAUUUUCAAAUUAACAACAAUAUUGACAAUAAAUCUGUACGAAGUCUGCUUUUAAAUACAAUUGUAAACUAUUCGAGUGCAAAUAAUGUCUAUUUUUCGUCAAAGGACUUAAUGCAACUCGCCGAAGAAAUCCGUGUCGCUUUUAAUGAAGAUCCUCUUGAUUAUUAUGACCACAAGAAAGGUGUAAAAAAUCCCAAAGGAAUUCUAGCAAACAAAUUUCAUAAUAUGCGAGGAAAAUUUCGAAGUAUAAAUCGAUUAUGCAUGCCGGAGUCUAAAAAAAAGCUAAAACUCGAUGAUGCGUUGUCCGAAGGAAAUUCCGGUGAUGAAGAUAAAGUGUGCAUGCAAAUGAAACACGAUUUCCUUGCAAUGAAUGCACAAGAAAGAAUAAAAGCAUGGGAGAGUACAUUCAAUGUUCGACAAUCAGAUCUAAAAAAGGCGAAUUCAAAAACAAUCUCAUGGAGUGAGUUUUACGAGAAAUGGCAUUUUAUCAACUUUCCCAACGGAUAUGAAUACAUCGAAUCAGAUUUCAAUAAAAUGUUCGGGAAUAAGGACAUUGUUUUGGCGGGCCCAAAAAUGAAUGACUUCAUUAAUUUAAUGCUGCAAUUCAUUUUUCCGAAAAAAAUUAUUAACACAGAAAUCCGACUGAAACUACACGAAUUCAAUUUGAAGUGUUUAUCCGAUCCCAACUCGAACAUUGUUUCAAAAAACACCAGAGCUGCAAUGGUGUUCACACACUUGCACUAUCUCCUGCAGCCAAGUGGACGUGAAGGUAACAAACGCUUCACCGUUUUUGACAGCCAAGAUGCAUCAAUUAGGUUGUUCGCUCAGCAGCAAGACUAUAAAGAACAUCAAAAUGCACUGGCUGCAAAACAUUCACAGUCGCAACCACCCUUAAUUACGUUAAUCGGUCAUUGGAAGAAAUAGAAGAAAUACAUGUAGAUUUCGACAACACGCACUAUAAGGUAUUUACCUUCGACCGGGCACUCGACAUUUGUAUUAAAAUAUUUUUUACGCUAAAUAUAGCGUAUCCAAAAUCAUGUCAACAGUUUUGGGAAUUUGUUGACACCUAUUUUUACAAAAUCGACGAAUCAGCAACAAAUCCAA